AUGGCUUCCGUAUGUCCGACCCUUGGUUCGCGCUCCAAGACUAAUACCAACCGAAACACAGUUCAUGAACAUCCGCAUAUCGUCUCCCUCCUAUCACUCUCAAUAUUCUUCGGGCCUAUCAUCGUCUUGAUUCCCUUCGUAUUGCUCCAAGAAAUAGGAGUGCUCAUUGCCUUCUACCUCGGUUUCUUCACUCACGGCCUAUUCCCUCGCGGUCGGAUAGAAGACCGUUACGAGGCGCUGAAAGAAGGGUGUAUGGAGUCCAAGGAGAAGGUUUUCGCUUCGGUCGAGGCAGUCACCGCAACUUUCAACGAAUGGACAACCGAGUAUCCUGUUCUCAUGAUCUUCAGAGUCUAUGGUCAUGACGCCGCCAUUUCGACACCACUUUCUCCACACCAAGACUAG